AUCUCCUCUCUGUUCAUAGCCUCCCAAGAAACAAGAGCCAAACAGCGCUUGCGAAGCUCAAGCGCCGCAGCAAUGUCUCUGGCCCCGUCCAUCCCUUCCAUCAAGGUGAAGGUGGGGGCCGUCUCGGUCGCUCCUCCACACCGCGCAUGCCGAUCCUUCGCGGUGAUCAGGAGCUCCAAGGCAGAGGGCCCCAUCCGGAGACCUGCGGCGCCUCCGCUGUCGCCACCGCCGCCGAUGCCACCCAAGACGCCGGCUCUGUCCACUCCUCCCACCCUGUCGCAGCCUCCGACGCCCGUGAAGCCCGCUGCUCCACCCACGUCGUCGCAGCCGAUGCCACCUUCUCCUGAGCCCAAGCCAGUUGACGCCACAGCCCAGAUGCGGAAGCCGGUGGCUGGGGCCAUGACGCUGGAGUACCAGAGGAAGGUGGCCAAGGACCUGCAGGAGUACUUCAAGAAGAAGAAGCUGGAGGAGGCCGACCAGGGUCCGUUCUUCGGGUUCUUGCCCAAGAAUGAGAUUUCCAACGGAAGGUGGGCCAUGUUUGGGUUUGCAGUAGGGAUGCUAACAGAGUAUGCAACAGGCUCGGAUUUUGUUCAGCAAAUGAAGAUCCUUCUCUCCAAUUUUGGAAUUGUGGACUUGGAUUAAUGGUGGACUUUUGGUGUUUUCGUUAUGUACAAGUCUUUUAAAUGUAAUGUACUUACUUGAUAUGGUAUAUAGAAAAUUUCAUAUUGCACGUUGUUCAA